GAACAAACCCACUGAUUUCCACAUUGCAUUCAUUCCUAUGGAAGACCACACGCGGUCUGGCAUACACAAUACAUUACACAUUGUACACACACGUAGGGGAUAUCGCACCAGCAGACGUCUGCUAAAUCUCGUCUGGUCUGCGAAAAAGUGUCAGAUUUCUCACUCGAAUUUCUCCAUUUCUGAAUCGCUAUGGGAACUCAGUAGUGCCGGGAAUUGUGACAUGGAAGGCGUGUCUUGAAGAAAUUGCCAUUUUCAACGAAAUUCUGAGGAGAAUAGACCCAAAUAUGGAUUGAUUAUUGAAGCCUCGUGUGUGACUGGAAACUUUUUUCGACUUCUGGCAGGGCUACAGGAUUCAGCAUCAAACUGCGUCGCAUUGGACGGGUUUCGCGAUGUCUGAUUCGGCGUCCAUUGCCGGUUCUUCCGUGGCCAGCAGCACGUCUUCGGGACCCGUGCCCCCCGGCAGCGCCGGCGGAGCAAUCCAGCAGGGACUCGGUACCAAUGGACGGCUGUUGAUGCUCGGCUUACGAGGGGAAUGGGGAACUGUGGAGGCCCUUUUACGAAAUGCAGAAAAGGGGGACCCGGAGAUCAACAGACAAGAAGAGGAAACCGGAGUUACUCCGUUUAUGCUUGCUGUCAAGGACAACAAAAUUGUUGUAGCAGAAAGAUUAAUUGAGCUCGGAGCACACAUCAAUGCUAAAUCUAAGGAUGGACGUACGGCGAUCCAUUACGCAGCCGCCUCGGCCAAGGAUGAGAUCACCAAACUCCUCAUAUCCAAGAAGGCUGAUAUGACUGUAGUCGGAGGGCCUGCAAAUCAGCUUCCCAUCCACAUGGCCUCAGCAAGGACCAGUGGUGGUUUACUGCAAGUGCAGCAGCUGCUCAAGACGUCGGGAAAGGAUGCCAGGCUAGCGAAAGAUGCGAAUGGUUGCAUUCCCCUCUUCCUUGCGGUCGAGUCGGGCAACAUCUCAGUGGCCCGGGAGCUACUCACUCACCAGCGUGAGGAGCAACUCAAGGUGGUGAGGUCAGAUACGGGGGAUUCCCCGCUCCACGCAGCCUGUCGACGCAAGGAGCCGGAUCUCAUCAAGCUACUGGUGGAGUGUGGGGCUAGCGUCAACCUUCAAAAUGAUGAAGGGCACACCCCACUUCACAUCGCUGCUUGGGUCGGAGACGAAACCACCUUGAAAUAUUUCUACCUGGCUAAGGCUGACGCCAACAUACUGGACAAGCUGGAUCGGUCGCCGGUCCACAUCGCUGCCGAGAAUGGCCACACCUCUAUCGUGGAGUUACUCGUCGACAAGUUCAAGGCUAACGUGUCAGCGAGAACCAAGGACGGAAGUACGCUGAUGCACGUUGCCUCACAAUGUGGCCACCCAGAGACCGCCCUGAUGUUCCUCAAAAAGGGAGUGCCUCUUCACAUGCCAAAUAAGGCUGGUGCAGUGUGUCUCCAUGCAGCAGCGAAGCGUGGUCACGUGGCUGUAGUCAAGUCAUUACUGCAGAAGGGAGCACUGGUCGACGCCAAGACAAAGGAUAACUACACAGCGUUACACAUAGCAGUACAGCAUUGCAAACCCCUGGUUGUACAGACAUUACUGGGUCACGGUGCCCAGGUCCAACUCAAAGGAGGCAAGGCUGAGGAAACGCCCCUUCACAUUGCAGCUCGUAUCAAGGAAGGGGAGAAAGUGGCGGAGAUGCUGCUCAAGAGUGGAGCUGAUGUCAAUGCAGCCAUGGGGAACGGUGAGACGGCCAUGCACACUGCAGCUAGACACGGUCACUUGUUGAUGAUGCAGGCAUUGCUAGAAGAAGGAGGGGAUCCUGUAUGCCAAUCAAAGUCUGGUGAGAAUCCUCUUCACAUCGCUGUCCGGCGUUCGCAUUAUCCCAUCGUCAAGGAGAUCAUACAAUUCCUGCACAAUGAAAUGUCACGUCUGGACGCCGUCAUGGCAGUCAAUGAGCAAAGCAUGGAAGGGGAAACGCCACUUCACUAUGCAGCUGAAAUCACUAAACAGAUGAUCCACUACUCUGGGGAGGACACCGACAUUAUGGAGCUAUUACUGAAGUAUGAUGCAGAUAUCAACCUCAUAACCAAACUGACCCAAGAGUCCUCGCUUCACUACUGCGCUAGAGCCGGCAAUAACGACAUCAUGAUUAAAAUGGUGAACCACCUCGGACCUAACAGGACACAGCUGGCGGUCAACAGGCAGAGCAAGAAUGGCUGGUCCCCACUCUUGGUCGCCAGUGAAGAAGGCCAUGUUGACAUUGUCAAACUUCUCCUGCAAAACAACGCCAGAGUUGAUGUUUUCGACGAGCACGGCAAAGCAGCGCUCCACCUGGCCGCGGAGAACGGACACAAGGAAAAUGCAGACAUCCUACUGUGGCAUAAAGCCUUCGUCAACGCCAAGUCCAAGCUGGGCGUCACGCCGCUGCACCUAGGAGCACAGAACGGUCACAACGAGCUGGUCAAGUUGCUGAUUGGUACUCACAAUGCUACCAUCGAUGCCCUCUCACUGGCAAAGAAGACACCACUUCACAUGGCGGCCCAGUGCGGUCAACUCCAAGUCUGUGAGACCAUGCUGAAAUUGAAGGCAGACUCCAACGCUACUGACAUGCAUGGGCAGACCCCGUUGCAUCUGGCAGCCAAGAACGACCAUGCGGACAUCGUCAAGUUGUUUCUCAAGCACAAACCGGAGCUAGUCACCAUGGCCAACUCGGAUGGAUCCACAUGCGGGCACAUCGCUGCAUCCAAGGGUAGCGUCGCUGUCAUCAAGGAACUGUUAAGAUUCAACAAAAUAGGAGUCUGCACGACCAAAAACAAGACCAAUGACUCGACAGCAUUGCAUCUGGCGGCUGCCGGGGGUCACAGAGAGGUGGUGUCUGUCCUGAUUGAUAACGGAGCCUCACCAACUGAGGAGAACGCUGACGGUAUGACAGCUAUCCACCUGGCUGCCAAGAACGGGAACGUGACAGUCCUGGAAGCUCUGAAGGGCAAGGUCUCGUGGAAAGCCCCCAGCGUCAAGACCGGACUGACGGCGUUACACAUCGCCGCUCACUACGGACAGAGUGACUUUGUGCGGGAGAUGCUGACCAAAGUACCGGCGACCGUCCGGAGCGAGACGCCGGCCUCCAUGCCGGGGGAUCUCAAGGAGAUCUCUAUCCAGGACCAUGGCCUGACGCCGCUUCAUCUCGCCUCCCAAUCAGGCCACGAAGGACUUGUUAGAUUACUGCUGAAUUUCCCCGGUGUCCAACCCGAUUUACCUACACAGAUACUGGGCACAAUACCGCUCCACCUUGCCUCCCAAAGCGGCCACACAGCCGUCGUGGGCCUCCUCCUCAGCAAAUCAACCACGCAGCUGCACGUCAAGGACAAGCGAGGGCGCACAGGGCUCCACCUAGCCGCGGCCAACGGACACUACGACAUGGUGUCAUUACUGCUCGGACAAGGCUCGGACAUCAACGCAUUUGAUAAGAAUGGUUGGACACCACUCCAUUUCGCUGCCAAAGCCGGUUUCCUGAAUGUCGUCACCCUCUUGGUAGAGAGCGGAGCCUCUCCGAAGUUUGAGACCAAGGAUGGGAAAGUAGCCAUUUGCUACGCAGCGAUGGCCAAUCAUCUUGCCGUACUCAGCUACCUGAUGAAGAAAGAUCACAACACACAACACCUCAUGGAGGAUAGAAAGUUUGUCUUUGAUUUGAUGGUCUGUGGUCGUUACAACAACAAUGAGUCCAUCCAGGAGUUCAUCCUUCGAUCACCGGCGCCCAUCGACACAGCAGCCAAACUCUCCAAGAACUUUCGCCUGCAGUCGGCCCGCGAGAAGGAACGGGCCCGUGACCUGACCGAAGCGAGUGCAUUCUGCGAGUGCAUGGCGGUGGAUCUACUGUCGGUGUCUGCGAGCACGAGCAGUGCGGGUCACUUGCUGCGAUCGGUAGACAGCCGAGGCAUCACGUUCCUGGACAUUCUGAUCGAAUGCGAGGAUAAGGAGGUGGUGGCGCAUCCGUCAGUUCAACGGUACCUCUCCGAUCUCUGGAUGGGGAACCUGACCUGGGCUCCUUGGCAGAUCUUCCUCCUGUUCAUCAUCUUCAUCAUUGCCCCGGUGUGGGUCAUGCUGUCUUUGCCUCUCAAGUAUCGCUUCAACAAACUCCCCAUCAUCAAGUUCAUGGGUUACUUGGUGUCUCACAUCUAUCUCAUCGUCUUACUGUGCCUGACAACGGUGAUCACGCCGUUCAUCGAGGAGUUCAUCCGAACCAGAUCGCUGAUACCGACCUGGUACGAGUGGCUGUUGCUCGUCUGGUUGACUGGGCUCUUAGUUUCAGAGAUCACCAAUCCCGGCGACCGGCAGGGUCUGGGUUGGAUCCGCGUCGUCACUCUUGCAUUCUCCUCCGUAGCCUGUAUCAUGCAUGUCGUGGCCAUCCCGUUCGAAGGCGACACCCGACUCUACAUGAUCUACGCUCGCAACCAAUUCUUCGCCUGGUGUUUGCUGUUCACCUUCACCAGUCUACUAGAGUUUCUCUCCUUCCACCACCUCUUCGGCCCCUGGGCGAUCAUCAUCCGUGACCUCAUGAAAGACCUGGUCCGGUUCAUGGUCAUCCUUCUCAUUUUCCUUGUCGGUUUCAUGCUGCACCUCUCCGCCGUCUACCAGCCGGUCUACCCACUGACAGAUGCAACCAGUAACAGCACUGACACCAUCCAAACCCCGAUCGAUACAUUUGUCAUUCUCUUCUUCUCCCUCUUUGGACUCGUGGAACCCGGCGAUCUGCCCAGUACGGUCCGCAGUCCCCCCUUCACAUUGGUCCUCGUCAAGUUUGUCUAUGGCACAUAUCUGAUCGUCACCCUCAUUGUGCUCAUCAAUCUCCUCAUUGCGAUGAUGAGCGACACCUACCAACGCAUCCAGGCACAGUCCGACACGGAGUGGAAGUUUGGCCGAGCUAAGCUGAUCCGUCAGAUGAACAAGUCAUCAGCCACUCCGGCCCCUCUCAACCUCAUCACCAAGCUGGUCAUGUACUGCAAGGCAGCCUACAAACACAAGGGUAAGGUGUGUAGCGCCCAAGCCAGAGACUACAUCAAUGAGAACGAAGAGAUGGAUGCCAUAUCCGACGCUAGAUCCGUCGAUCUGUUUGGGCAUCACACCCACUGGCUCAGAAAUGUCGUCCGUCGCAACACCCAGGUUGCACCUGAUGGUGGCUUCUUGCGGGCAGGUAACGGGAACGGACCAAACCGGAUCGAAGAGGUCCUCGACUGGGAUAAGGUGGUGAGACGUUACCUGGUCAUCAAGGGCUUGGAGGAAGAUCCUAAGCUGAACGAGGAUACGGAGAUGGAGGAUCUGAACGGAAACAGUAACAGUAACGCCGCACAGAAUACGAACACUAGCAAGGCUGACGGGGCCAAGAACUCUAACCAUGUAGUGUGACUGCGAAGAUGGAUGAGUGGUAGAGUGCGGGUGUCUGUGUGUGUACACUUGUGUUUAAUGACUGUUUAGCAAACUGUGGCUUGUUCGCCAGCUGUGGCUACGAACGCUAACAAGGCUCACGAAGACGAGAAUACUAACCAUGUAGUGUGACUGCGAAGAUGAAUGAGUGACGGAAUAUGAGUGUCAAUGUGUACACCGCUGUUGAAUGGGGAGUGUUUACCAAACAGUGGCUAGCCCCCAGCUUUGGAUUCAUCUCGAAGGAUCCUUUUGAAACCUCUAAACCAUUAGUUCCUAUCCCACUCCAAACCGCCCCAGUGCUCUAUGGUUUUCAUAGAUUCAUCAAGGAGAAAAUACAGUGUAAUACAAUGUGAUACACUGUAAUACAAUGUGAUACAAUGUAAUACAAUGUGAUGCAAUGUGAUACAAUGUGAUACAAUGUAGCACAGCCUAAUGGGUUAUUGGCCACCCAAAAUAGAUCUCCUCUAAAUUUGACCUCAAGAAGCAUACUGGAUAUUUGAUAUUCUCUGAAAAAGAAUUUGGCCGAACAAGAAGAAGAAUGCGGAGUUGAAUUGUGCAAAAUUUGCGAAUUAAAAGCGCAAAAACUUGCCGUGGUGUAACAAAUUCGCACUCGCUUUCUCACCGGGUAUGAACCUGCCUUAAGUCAGUGUCCCCCCAUGUCGAGGGCCUAGCUGUAAACUAAAGCCUAUUUGGGAAAAGCUUGGUUUGGCAAAGUGUAAAGUACCAGUUAUGGUAUUUAGUACUUAAGCUUUAAUAAUACUUGAUAUUUGUGGGUUCUGGAUUAGAUGAUACAAUAAUGUUAUUGAUAACUUCGGGAUUAGAUGAUACAAUAAUAUUAUUGAUAACUUUGAUGUUAUUUUGCAUUAAGAGAUGAAUAUGAAAUAAUGAAUUUAGGGUAUUAUUAAAAAAAAGUACUAGUUUUAAAAGUACUUAGUAGUACUCUUCAUAAAAGUACUAGUUAUAAAAGAACUUAAUUCUCUUAAGCACUGAAUCUCACAGAGGGAUACUUAUUACAUUUGGGAAGUUGAAGCGCUAUGUUUAAGUGCUUAGUGUACUUGGGUGCUCGUUGAAAGUGCCAAGUACAAUUAGGACUUGAGAUCACUUGAGUACUAAUAUAUCAACCAGAUGAAAAGCUUUUUUUUAGGACCAAAUUGUAUUCAUUUUCAGAAAAGAACAAUCACCUUGAUUAAAUCUUAAUUGAAAACCUUGAGAGUUGUACUUUAGUGUGCUAUUCAGAAUUUAUAUCAAUCUUAAAACAUCAUUCCAUCCAGACUUUUUGAGCCAGCUAAAAGUAUUUCUUGCCUUCACGCAUGACAUUUGGGUGAAACUGUUGCAUUGUGUUCUGAAGAUAAUUACGACAAAUUACAUUAAAGACAUUUACUUUGAUAAUUUAAACAUACAACGCUGCAAUUUUAAACAGCAUUUACCCAAGUAUUCAGCAUUAUUUCCCCGCUCAUCUCAAAUAUUCUAGCUGAAUUCAGUAUGGUUUGAAAUAUGUCUCCUUCAAGUUAACUUAUGGAACAUUAAUGUUUUAAUGAAAAUUAAAUGAAUUUGUUUUUUUAGGAUAGCGUAUAAGCAAAGAAAAUUCAUAAAAAAAUUGCCUGCGCUGUUUCAUAGACCUAUUUGUUACAAAAUCUCUUAUUUUUAACAAGCCAAAAUGUGACAUCUUUACAUCUUUUUUUAUAAUGAGCUAUUUCAUUGCUUACCUAUUUUUCUCCAAAUGUUUAAGUCUGUUAAGACUUCAUUUUUUAAUUUUUAGUUUUAAUUAACCUCAAAAUUACUUUCAAAAAGUUUUACUCGUUUUUUUUAUUUGAAAAUUAGUCGAAAGCGAAUUUUGGUGUGGUUUUUUUUUGUCAGCUAAGCAGAAUCAAGGAAAUUAUUUUUUUUUGACAGCAAACAUUUAAGACACGUUCUUUUGCUCAGUUGUCGACAAAGGCAAAAUAUUUUGAAAUACCCUACACAGAAAAAACAAGAAAUGGUGUACUGACAUUUUUGAAAUUUAGUAUUAGAAGUAAAAACUGUAAAAAAAAAAAAUUCUGUCUUUUUUUUUAUAACUGUAAAUGAAAUAUAUUUUAAACGAUAUUUACAUGCAUGUAUAUUAUAAUGUACAGUAGACUUAAUACCAAAACGGACUAUUUUUUAUGUCUUAAUACUUCACACCGAUAUUUAUUACCAGAAAAAGUACUUUGCUUGUAAAAGUUGAUGGUUCGUCAUUGUCAUCUGCAGGUUUUCAGAGUUUCUGGAAGUAUUAGUUGUUUCAAGUUCAGCAUUGUUGUUAUUUUUGUUCAUGUAUAAAUUAACCUAUCAAGGUAGAAUCGCGUAAAUGCAGCUUGUGAAAUAUUGUCCAAUUACAUGAUAUACAAAUGGACGCCGAACGCGCAAAAUCUGAGACAAACAAACUUAACGUACAAACUUCCAUAGGGUUGUCUAAGGGGCGUGGCUAACUCGCAAACAGCAAUAGGUUAAUUGUGACCAAGUCUGAGAAAUUACUGAAGGUAAUAUACGAGACAAUGCCAGCCUUGAAAUGCUGGUCCCCUAUUGCACAAAAUUCUAUUCAAUUGAUUCGGAACGGCUGAAAACUUUGUAGAGUAUGCGGUGGUGGUAACGUAAUGGAAACACAAAAUCCACUUUGUUUUUAUGGAGACUUGACUUAACGUGUAUCAUGAAAGUCCAUGAAAUAAGCGGAGCCGGACUAAUGCAUGUGUGGUGCAGUUGCUGCCUGGCAUACAUGAGAUAGGCAAGCUCCUUGAGGCUGUCCCCAAACCAAACUACAUAACAUCAGUGACGGUCAGUCAGUGAGAUAGGUAACCAGUCCAAUUCAUAAGUGACAGUCAGUCAGUGAGAUAGGUAGCCAGUCUAAUUCACAAGUGAUAGUCAGUCAGUGAGAUAGGUAACCAGUCUACUUCACAAGUGACAUUCAGUCAGUGAGACAGGUAACCAGUCUACUUCACAAGUGACAGUCAGUCAGGGAGAUAGGUAACCAGUUUAAUUCAGAAAGUGGCAGUCAGUCAGGGAGAUAGGCAGCCAGUCUAAUACACAAGUGACAGUCGGGGAGAUAGGUAACCAGUCUAGGUUCCCCCCCCCCCGCCCCCAUUUAUAAUCUUGAAUUGCACAAAAAACAAUGUAUCGGUUGCCUCCAGUGGCCCCCUUGAAAAAACUUGGUGCCCCACCCCCCGAAGGUUAAGCCUAGUUGCGCCGCUGUGCAUGCACAGCUAUAAUGUUGCUUUUUGGAAGAAGAAAAAGAAAGCGAAACAUAACCACCUGAAUGAAGAAAUAUAUUUUUUAUUAUACAUUCGUAGUCAGCCCCACUUUUAUGUUAAUUUGUAUUAUUACUGUUAUUGUUUAUUUAGUAAAAGCAUCGUGUUGAUUGAUUAUGGUCUUUAGUUGAUAAACUUUGACAUUGUGACUGUAAUUCAAAAAUGAAUAAUGUGUAAUAAGCGAAUUUGUAUUUAAUCUAAACGUGUAAUUGGAAAUGUACAUCCACAGCAUGCUUAAAAAAACAAUGGAAGCAAUCUUUAACUUUUGAAAUUAGCAUAAUAAAAAAGUAGCGGGGAUUUGUAAAUGAA